GGUGGGCGGACUACGCGGGAUAUCGAAGGAAGAAAUGCCGUUGCCAGCGAGGGAAAGUUUGACUACGCCUAGGAGUGCUCGCGCUCCUAUUGGCAGGAGGUCUACUAGCACCCUACCUCAUCAACGAAUUAAGAAGGAAAUAAAAGAGAAGGACCGGACACCGGAGAGUCCACCAGAGAUGGAUUCACCGGUAGGAAGCGUCAGCAGUGACUUAAGACGGCAGAAUGAAGAGCUUCGAGCACGCUUGGCUGGUGAGAACGCCGACCACAAGCGGAGGCUUGAUGCCUACCGUCGCGCACAACAAGGCCAAGCAGCAUUAGUAUCGAGACUUCAAGCAAAGGUUCUCCAAUAUAAACAGCGAUGUUCCGAGUUAGAGAACCAAAUGCUAGAGACUACACCACGGAGCGACACGAGCUACAAGCCGGUAUCCAGCAAGAGCAUAGCGCUCCCGGCGCCUGCCGCUCUGCCCGUAUCAGACACUCGCCGGGAAGAAAGAAUUGGGGACCUGGAUACUGCAUUGCGACGAUUAGAUGAAGAGAAACGAAAAUGUGAGAAGUUGGUCUCUCAAAACAACUUGCUACGUGAUCAGUUAGAAGAGUCUCACCAACUGAAUGAGGCUCUCACCAAUGAUCUACAGAAGCUCACAAAUGAUUGGGAGGCAUUGCGAGACGAAAUGUCCAUUAAGGAAGACGAGUGGAAGGAUGAGGAGCAAGCCUUCAACGACUACUAUUCAAAUGAGCACAAUCGCUUACUUAACCUAUGGCGUGAAGUGGUCUCUGUAAAGCGUUUCUUCUGUGAGCUACAGACUAGUACCGAGCGUGACUUUUACAAAGUCAAGAAUGAAAUUGAUUCUGCUGCCAGGGAUCUCAUUGGAACUUUAAGCGGCUAUGCUAUCAACUCAUACGCUUCUCAGGGGACAAAGGCAGAGCCUCAGCACAGCGGCCCAGCGCCGAGCUCGGCGGGCGACGCUAUGCGCGCGGAGCUGCACGCGGCCUCCGCGCAGCGGGACGCGGCGCUGGCGGAGCUGCGCGAGCGGGACGCUCGCAUACAACGCCUGCUGGGGGAGCUGCAGGGAUUGGAGGAACGCUGUGAUAGCGCUGAGACAAUGUGCUCAGAGGCGAAUGUGAUGCGCUCUGCUUUAGAGGAGGUCGCUCGUGUGCUGAUAAAGGACUCGGAACCGGAUAGCGCGCCUCAACACUUACAUCUCUCUGACAGGGCGGCGGGCGGCGCGCUGUUCGCGGAGAGCACGCUGUCGGCGCUGCAGGCCGCGCUGCACAACUACCGCAUACACGUGCACGAGCUGCAGGUUAAACUCCAAAAUGCAAGGGAACAGCUGGGUACGAGUAGGAAGCAAUGUGAAGUCGCAGAUUCCAACAUCAUCUCCUUGGAAGGAAAAGUUCAAGAUCUACAAGGCAAAUUAGACCAAGCCAACGCCGAUCUAAACCAGAUAUUGCAAGAGAAGGAAUCAAUGCAGAAGACAAUCGAAGCGCUCAGGAUCGACAAGAACAAUCUCGAAAGAAACAGAGUUGACAUAAAUGCCAUGGUCGAAUCACUGACAUCAGACUACGAGAAGUUGCAAAAGAUCAACGCUCGACUAGAGAAGAGCAUUGAAUCCCUUGAAGGAGAGAAACGCGCCUUGAACUCUGAAGUGGACCACUUGCGACACGAAGCUGCCAAUAGGGAGUCCGUAUUGAGGGCGGAAGAAGAACGUUCGUCUCGCUUACGUUCCGAACUCGUGACUAUAAGGGAGGAGCUGAACAAAACCGCGCUCUCGAGAGAUCUCCUCGACCAGCAGAAGUUGGAAGUUGACGCCAUCAUGACGCAGAUGGAGAAGAAUAGGAGUGAGCUUGAAAUAGAGCUGGAAAGAACGCUUUUGGAACGCGGCGAUCUCCAAGACCUCGUGGACAAGUUGCAGACCUUCGUGCGCAACUUGGAAACGGAUAAGAAGAAACUACAGGAAGACGUUAAACAACUGGAAGACGAGAGAUCGUCUCUCUCAAACCAGUCAUCAGAACAGCAAGGCGAUCUCAACUCCCUACGUAAGGAACUACUCGCAGCUGAGCAGAAUCGGAUGGAGUUAGAAGCAGAUAAGGCUUCAUUAUACGAGAAGAUCAAGUUCCUCGAAGGGGAGAGAGAGAAAGUGGAGUUGGAACUGAGACAAGUGAUGAGAGAGCGUGGAGAACUCAGUUCCCAGUUAACAGCGAUGGCUCGAAAGAAAGACGCUCUCAAUGAAGAGAUAAUUCGCUUACAACAACGAUUGGAGCAAGCCAACGAGACGAUCGGCAGGCUGAACAGGUCCCUGGACGAUCACGUCAAAGAUGCAGAGGAACGGCAGAUACUCAUAGACAACCUGGACAAAGACAAGCAGCACCUGCAGGAGCAGCUGGCCAGCGCGCGCACGGAGAAGGACGCGCUGGAGGCCGCGCUGUUCGACACGGCCAACGCGCUGGACGACGCGGAGGGCGGCCGCGCCAAGGCCGAGCACGACUUGCAGGAGACGCUGGUGCAGCAGGAGAACUAUAAAGGCCAGAUAGCUCGUCUCACGAACGACCUCGAGACUACUGAGAAGAAACUUCGAGAAACAAGAAACAGUAUGUCCCAACAAUCGGGUAAAAAAGAGGCGGAAUACCAGCAAGUUAUCACUAAUCUCAAUCGAACCACUACCGAGAACAUCACUAAGCUUAAGGAGGAAAAGGAACUAUUACGUCAGUCCCUAGAACAGAAGUUAAGUCAGACAAUAGCAUCACUAACGAGCGAGAAAGAAGCAUUGGAAGCGGGCGCGCGAGAGAAAGAGAAGAAGCUACUGGCGUUAAGAGAUCAGCUGAUAUUGCAACACGACGAAGCUCUGCUUAGAGCUGAGAAUGAUAAGCAACAAGCUUUGCUUAUGGCCCAUCAAGAACACCAAGCUAUCAUGGAACGCCUCGAAGAUACCAAACGCAUGCUCUGCUGCGAGCAGAACAAGUUGGAACGUGUGCGUAGAGAGGGGCAGGCGAGAGCCGAACAGGACAGGAACCACAUUAACCAGCUGAAGGACGACCUGGCCACCCUGAAGACCAGACUCGAGGAAGCCAAGGCGGCGGCGGAGGACGAGUGCGCGCGGCUGGCGGGGCGCGUGCAGGAGCUGCUCGGCGAGCGCGACGCGGCCGCGCGCGACGCCGCCGACGGCCGCGCGCAGCUGGCGCUGGCGGAGGACCGCCACGACGCGCUGCACGUGCAGCUGCAGGACGCGCUGCGGAAACUCAAGGAGCUGGAGAACGAGUCGGACGGGCUGCGCAAGGAGCUGUCGGACGUGCGGCGCCAGCUGUCCAACAGCUCGGCGGAGCGCGACAAGUACCACGGCGCGUGCCGCGACCUGCGCGAGCACGUGAAGCGCGCCGAGCACGAGCGCCGCGACGCCGCGCGCGCGCGCGACGAGGCCUACCACAAGAUUGCCGGCCUGGAGGAGAAUCGCACAACCCUCGAGUUGGAACUGUCUCGGGUCCAGACGAUGAUCAAGGAGUCUGAGAGCGGAGCGGAGCACACGGAGCGCUCGCUGCGUGCGACGGAGGCGCAGCUGAAGAGGGAGCGGGCGGCCUUGGAGCAGGCGCAGCACGAUAUCAAGGAGCUGCAGUCGAGGCUGCAGAACGAGGGCGAGGAGCGCGAGCGCGCGGCGGGCGACGCGGCCACCGCCAAGCGGCUCGGCGCCGAGCUGGAGGCGCUGCUGGGCGCCGCGCGCGCCGACCUGGCCGCCGCCCGCCAGCGCGCCGCCGAGCUGGACGAGGCGUGCCGCGCGCGCGACCAGGAAUUAGUAUUACGUCUUGAAGAUUGUAGAUCCAAAGAACGCCGAUUGGAAGAGUUGAAACACAACUUAGAAGUUUGCCUCGCAGAUGCCACUCAGCAGAUACAGGAGUUGAAGACGCGGCUGGGCGGCAGCGAGGGCCGGUGCCGCGGGGUGGAGGCAGCACUGGCGCAGAGCGAGGGCGCGCGGCGCGGCGCGGAGGCGCGGCUGGCCAGCGUGUGCGCCGCGCUGCGCCGCGUGUGCGGCGUGCAGCCCGACGGCUCGCUGCUGGCGCGCCGCCGCCUCGCCAGCCCCGCGCGCCGCUACAGCCCGCACAGGGGCCGCGAUCAUUCGGAAGAACGCAACGAAACCAUCGACGUUGAUCCUGAAUUGAUCAAGAAGGGAAUGCGUAAUUUGAUGCAUGAAGUGUGCCAGAUCGAGAGAGAAAAGGACGAUUACAAAUCGCAACUGACCGUACUGAAAAAGCAGCUUAAGGAAGCCACAGAGCAGCAGGGUAAGGGCGAAGGACGUCUGCAGUCACUCAAUAGUAACUUGCGAACGGCACAAGAGGAGAAAUCUCGCUUCCAGGCAGCCUUAGGGCAGAAGGAAGCUCAGUUGAAUGCCUUGAACGAGUCGGUACAAGCAAAGACGGUGGAAAUCAGCACUUUAAGGGACAAGAUAACUAGUCUCGAAGCCACUUUGAGCUCUAUCACUGAGGACAAAGUGCAAAAUGAGAAUAAAUCCGAAAAUUUCCGAGUUCAGCUGGCGGAGCGCGUGCAAGAAGUCGGUCAGCUGCGUGAAGCGCUUGCAGCCGCUGAAGGGCGCGCGGCGCGGCUGGACGUGCGGCGCGCGCAGCUGGAGGGCGACGUGCAGCGCGCGGCCGUGGCGGCGCGCGACCGCGACGGCGCGCUCAAGAAGCUUCAAGAACGUUGCGAGGCCUACACUCGUACUAUCGCUUCGCUGGAAGACAGGUGCACCUCUCUGAAGGGUACCGUGGAGCAGCUCUCGACCUCGCUGCAGAAAGCCGCCACGGCCGAGAGUGAGCUCCGAGCUGAGCUCAGCAAAACUCAAAGAAUCCUCAACGAGGCCAAGAACAAUGAAUCCAAUGCUAUGGACAAGUUGCGACAGAUGCAGAAGAAUGUUGGCAAUUGUGAGAACGAGCGUCGUGUGCUGACCGAGAAGUUGGAAAGCGCUAAGGCGGCGCUGAGUGAACUGAAGCGUCUCAAUUGCACGCUGGAGGACCAGGCGCAUCGCCUCACAAACCAGCUGGCCAAUAUUGAAGCGCAAAAAGCCGAUUUGGAGUCCCAACUUCGCAUGACAACCUGGGACGGUAAGGAGAGCAACGACAGCGGUGAACUGGAACGAGAGCUGCACGCGUUACAACGAGAGAGGUCAGAGCUGAAGGCCAAGAACGACGCGCUACAAGAUACAGUCAGGAAGUUGGACGCCGAGAGACGUAUGAUCCAGACCAGACCCUCAGUCCUUCGUAGCAAGAGUCAUGACAGAACUGAGAAGAGCGUGUAUUAUUCUUCUGAUCUAGAUUCUGGUGCAGAUUCUACCAAAGACUCACGCGGCUACAAGGACUAUAAAGAAGUGCCUUGCAAGGACAAGCCCUACAACUCUGAUUUCAGUCUCCUGGAGCUAGAGAACAGAGAACUGAAAAUGAAGAUCAGGCGUCUCGAGAAGGAACUCUCUGAUAAAGAAUCGGAAUUGACAAUGGCUCGUAAUCGUUACUUUACUGAUAAGCCAUCGUCGGGUAACAAUAGACAAGAUAUAGAGCAAUACAGACAAGCGGCGGUGCAAGCUGAGAGGUUGCUAGAGGCUAGAGAAGCCAGUCAUAGACAACAGAUCAUUCGUCUUGAACAUCAACUGUCGGCCCUGCGCGCGCAGCUGUCGGCGGAGAUCCGGCGCCGCCAGGCCUACGUGUCGCGCAGCGGGCGCGCCGCGCGCGACGUGCAGCGCCUGCGCGCCGCGCUCGGCGACUCGCUGCGCGCCGUCGAGCAGGAUCCAGCGUUGGACUCCUACACCUUGGAGCAUGAAGCGAGGAAGCUGGACAAUACGCUGACGCAUAGUCUUCCGCCGCUCAACGACAGCUUCGACUCUUCUAAAUAAACAGAAAAAAAAUAAAAACAAAUUAUAGUAAAACUGUUCAAUUUUGAACUUUUGUAGGACGAUUUCGAAAAUUGAAAAUUGUUUGUAUGAUACAUUAAGGAGGAUUUUCGGCGUAUUUGUCUUUCAAUGUGGAGAUACUUAAUAGUCUCCAUUGUUUUUAGUAAUUCGUCGUAUUUUCGCGACUUUGUAUCGAAAUCGAAGUAAUUUCACAGAUUACUAAUACCAAUUAUAAUUUAUUUUCUAUGAUCCAAAUAAUCUUUUCAUAGUUGAAACUCAGAUUAUUCAAAUCAGGCACAUGAUUUGAGAUGUUGAUUAAUAUUAUAUUCAAAGGCGAGAUUCAUUGAAAUACGAAACAGUCAUCUAGCAUAAAUUUGAAAUUCUUUCGACAUUUAAAGACAGUAUUUUCUCGAAGCAUAAAAUCAUUUUCUGCAAUCUGUGAA